UCAGAAUUCUGAGUUAUAAAGUAGCAAUUCCGAGUUAUAAAGUCAGAAUUCUGAGUUAUAAAGUCAGAAUUCUGAGUUAUGAAGUCCCAAUUAUGAGUUAUUAAGUCGCAAUUCUGAGUUAUAAAAAAAUCUUUUGAAUUUCGACAAUUUCUCACGACAUUUCAUAUUACGUUACGAGAGUUCCUGUCGCCAGCAGCUGAACGUUUCUGCGACGCCAAGGAUGGACGAAUUAAUAAUUUUACUAAGGGAGAGAAACAUCCCUGAAACAACUAUCAAACGACUGGAGGAAGACAAGAUUGAUGUCAGUGUCCUACUGUUAAUGACUGAUGAUCAGAUGAGAAGCUAUUUUCCUUCAUAUGGAGACAGACUGGCCGUGAUGGGAUUUUGUAGGAGGCAAGAAAGAGAACCAACUUGCAGGAAGUCAAAGCUGUUUGAGCGCCUCAAAUCAAAACUGACCAAAAGACAAAAACCUGACAAUUCACAAACAGAAACCCAAAAUACUACAAAAAAACAUUCUCAGCGUACUGUAAGAAAAAUUGAAAUGGGGUGGAUGCACCAUGAUGGUCAGGGCUUUGUUCAAAUGAGAGCAAAAAAAGGAGGGGGAACAAGGAAGUUGAGUGUUCCAAAAGAAUGGAAAAGGGAAGAGCUGAUUGAGGAGGCAAUUCGUCUGUUUUUUCCAAAUGGAAAAAAUUCUCAUGGGAGUAUUUCUGAGUUUAAAUUGGAUCUAACAAAUUAUCAGGAAGUGUCACUAGAUGCAGAAUCUACAGUGGGGGAAAUGUAUAAUGCAUCCAAACUCACAAUGAUGAGGUUCUACUUGACAACAAAAAAGGUGGAGAGGGAAGUGGAAACAGAAAGUGAAGAGGAAAUGUCAGAUCAAAUGGAGAACUUUCACAGUAAUAACCAGGAUCAAAGCCUUCCCUCUACUUCCAGUGGGAUGAAUGACUUCUUUCCUUCAGAGAUGGAUGUAAUUUAUGUAGAUAGUCCGGUUAAUGACACUGCAUCUCCCUUUCAUUCCACAGAGGAUCAUAUUGCAGAUGAUGACCUGAAUGUAUCUUUUCAAAGUUCUUUAGUGACCUUGCCAGAUUACUUAGAUUCAAGCAAUGUAGUAACAGUACUCACUGGUGACAUCAUUGGAAUAGAUGAACAAAACUUAGAUGACACUUUGCCGCUGAGCCCAGAACCCAUUGCUCCACAGAAAAAAAUCCUUGUUGUUCAUCGUGGACAAAUAUUUUCAGAGCUCAUUGCCCAUUUCUGUGAUGAAACCCUUAUUCAUACACAGAGUGAAGUAGAAGUGAAGCUGCUGCUCCCAAAUGGACAGUUUGAGAUGGGUCAUGAUGUUGGUGGAGUGUUUAGGGAUUGCCUAUCAGAGUUCUGGCAGGAAUUUUAUGAUCAGUGCACAUUGGGGAACAAUUUUAAAGUUCCCUUUCUUCGACAUGACUUUGGCAAAGAAAAGUGGGAAAGUGUGGCCCGAAUAAUUUUGUUCGGCUGGAAGAAAGAGAAAUAUCUCCCAAUAAAACUUGCACCUGUCAUCCUCCAGCAAGCAAUACAGGGAUCUGUGAAAAGUGAUCUGAUUGAGAACUUUUUGAAGUAUGUCUCAGAAAACGAGUGUGCUUUGUUAGAAAGCUGCAGAAAAGACUUCUGUAGUGCAGACCAGGAGGAAUUGCUUGAGACCUUAGACAACUACAGUUGUCGAAGAAUUCCAACAAAUGAAAACUUCAAGCAAAUUUUGGAAGAACUGGCUCACAAAACUCUCAUUCAAGAGCCUGCUUAUGUUCUUGAACAGUGGGCAUGCAUACUUGGACCUCUGAGGAAGGACCUUGAGGAAAUUGAAGAUGUGUACUGUGCAUUACAACCAACAGUGAGGAAAAUUGUGCAAUCUCUCAAAUUUCCUGAAACAAUGAAUGUACAGCAAAAGGACAUUUCAAAGCACUUGACAACUUACUUGAGGGAGUGUGAUGCAAAACGGCAGUCUCUGUUUCUUCGAUUCUGUACUGGAUCAGAUUUGUUUAUAGGCAAAGCUAUAACAGUUGAUUUCACAGACCUUAAAGGGUUUGAGAGAAGACCAGUGGCGCACACAUGUGGCUGUUUUCUGAGGCUUUCAGUGCACUAUGACAACUACCCUGAUUUCAGAUCUGAAAUGAACAAAGUCCUUGAAAGCAACAUCUGGGUCAUGGACAUAGUUUAGUGGAUUUAGUCGGAACUGAGUUGUGGCCAGCUCCUAUGCAAGCUAUUGUUUUCUGUCAUUCUUAUUACACUUCAUACAGUUAAUUCACACUGUAUACAGAAAGUAAAUCAUUCCCUUUAAUUUUGCACUUACAUAUUGCUGGUUACAUUGAAUGCAGACCAACCUUUAUUAUUUUUGAUGAUUGAGUUUUUUUUUUUUUUUUGAUGAUUGAGAUUUGAUUAAAAAAAAAUAGGUGCAACCAAAUGUUUGAGUUAAAUCAUUAAAUUGUUAAUUUCAACUGUUCAGUCAAAUAGGCUUGGAACUGUCCAAAUGUUUUAAUGGUUCCUUUUUCAUACAUGUACACGCUCUACCAUUAUUUGACAAGUUCAUAAAGUAAAACAAUCACUUUAAUUGUUCAUUGAAUGUUGCCCCUAAAUAGUGAAAGUUUUCUUCAUAGUUACAAACAACUGUUUACAUUUAAUUGUACAAGUUGCAUCUACCCUGACAUAAAUGUCUGAAUGAUUAUGUGUUCCUAAAGAGAUAGUUCACUAAAAAAAUGAAAAUGUUCUCACUUUUUACUCACCCCUCAAGUGUUUACAAGCCUCUAUGGAUUUAUUUCUUUGGUUGAACACAAAAGAAGAUAGUUUGAAGAAAGCUGCAAACCUGUAUCCAUUGACUUCCAUAAAAGAAAAUACAAAUACUAUGAAAGUCAGUGGUUACAGGUUUUCAGCUUUCUUCAACAGAAGAAAGAAACAAGCAAGGAGUGAGGAAAUUGACAAGUUCAUUUUUGGGUGAACUAUCCUUUUAAGUUUGUGUUUCUAUACAGUUGGGUGUUGCAUUAUUGCAACAAUACAUAACAAUUUUAUAACAUUGUUUUAUUGAAAUAGUUUUAAUGUGGUUUGUUUUAUUUUUUCUUGUACCACAUUGUAAUGUUAAGUACUCAUACAUUAAACAACACAACCUCCA